AUGGCCUCCCAGGUGUGUCAGAACUACCAUAAGGACUGUGAGGAUGCUGUUAACAAGCAGAUCAACCUGGAGCUCUAUUCCUCCUAUGUUUACCUCUCCAUGGUGAGUGUUGUAUCCCUGUCUUACUUUGACCGGGAUGAUGUUGCCCUGCAUCACUUUGCUGAUUUCUUCAAGGAGCAGUCCCAUGAGGAACAGGAACACGCUGAGAAACUGAUGGCAUUCCAGAAUAAACGUGGAGGCAGUGUCCUCCUGCAGGACACCAAGAAGCCAGAGCAGGAUGAGUGGGGCAAUGGUCUGGAGGCAAUGCAGAGAGCUCUGCAGAUGGAGAAGGAUGUGAACCAGAGUCUGCUGGAUCUGCACAAACUCGCCUCUGGCCACACGGACCCUCAUCUGUGUGACUUCCUGGAGAGGCACUACUUGGAUGAGCAAGUGAAGAUGGUCAAGAAGCUAGGAGAUCACAUCACCAACCUGAAGAGACUGGGAGCCCCUGACAAUGGCAUGGAAGAGUACCUGUUUGACAGGCUCACUCUAGGGGGAGAGUGCCUGAACUGA